UGGCUGUGCAGGAUGUGCUCCUGGGUCUGCGGAUAUCCGCUGCCCGCCGAGCCAGCCAGAGCCUGGCGCCUAACCCUUAACCAUGGCCAAACAAGGAAGAACGGCCUGGGCCGGCGGCUCGUGGAGACCGAAGAGCUCGGGGGUCCUCGCACCCUCCCCCCAGCAGCUCGCUCUUCCGUUUGCCAAAUGUGGGAGCGAUCGCGUCGAUUUUCCCACUGAAAAAGAAAAAAACAAAAAAAUAACAAGCAGCAGACACGACGGACUCCCCGCGGAGCGGACGGGAGACAGGUGGACAAAAAGCAGAAGUUCGACGGGAUCUGGCCCGUCGUACGUGCACGGUAAACGUGGCAAGCACUCCCGAAGCCGGAAGACCUUCCCUAGACGGCUGCGAUCCUCGCAGCUGCCACCCAGAGGGGAACCGACACGGCCUGCAAGUCGGGUCUUUCCCGGGUGCUUUCUGGAGACUUCCCGCCUGCCACACACAGGCGCCUCCCCAGGCGACCUCCACACCCGGGUGGCCCCUGAGCCCCCACCCGCUCCCCUGGGCCCCAGAACGGGGGCCUCGGUGGCUCUUUUCAGAACCAGCCUCCACCCGAGAGCUGCAGGCGCGGUGUGUGCCGGGCUCGUGCCGGGCGCAGCUCCGCGUCCGCGUGAACCCCCUCCCGCUCUCGGAGGGUAAAUAUCACCCUGUCGCUUUAAGGAGUAAUUGGCCACGACGCCUUGGAAAGCCCGGAUGCGGCCCUCUGAUUGGGCGUGGCGUCCCCGUGACGUCAUGGUGGGUAUAAAAGGGCUCCGGUGGCCGGCGCCGGGGCAGAGCGUCUGGAGCCGCCUGGUCGCGUGCGUCGCCGUGUGGCUGACUGUGGUGUCCGCUUGCCUGGGAUCCCCGUCUUGUCUCGCGGAGUUCUCGCCGCCCUCGACGGCCCGUCAGCCAUGGAAGUGCAGAAGGAGGCGCAGCGCAUCAUGACCCUGUCGGUGUGGAAGAUGUACCACUCGCGGCUGCAGCGCGGCGGCCUGCGCCUGCACCGCAGCCUGCAGCUGUCGCUGGUCAUGCGCAGCGCGCGGGAGCUCUACCUCUCGGCCAAGGUGGACGCGCCGGAGCCCGAGCUCUGCCCGAAUCCCGCCGGCUCCCCGGACCCUCGCCUGCUCCCGUCGCCGCGGGAAGCCGAAGCCCCGGCGGAAGCUGCGCCCCCCGACGGCGAGCCGCCCUCUCCGGAGCCCAUGGACACGCAGGAAGAGGCGCCCCGAGCCGCGGAGACCCCGGUCCGCGGUGACCCGCGCCCCGCCAGAGUCAGUCGCAAGAGACGAAGCAGCAGCUUGAGCGACUGCGGGGACGCCGGGCUGGUCCCCAGCAAGAAGGCGCGUCUGGACAGCGGGGAGGAGGAGGGGAAGGCGGCGGCGGUCCCCGAUCGUCUGCAGCCCCCGCCGGCCCACGCGGAGGGCGCCUUCCCCAACCUGGCGCGCGUCCUCCAGAGGCGGUUCUCCGGCCUCCUGAACUGCAGCCCCGCCGCCUCGCCGACGGCGCCGCCCGCGUGCGAGGCCCCGCCGGCCUGCCGCCCGGCGGACAGCAUGCUCAACGUGCUGGUGCGCGCCGUCGUGGCCUUCUGAGGAUCGGGGCGCCGCUGCCGGAGCCCAGAGCGCGCGCCGAGCCGUCGGGCGACCCGAGCGCGCAGAGCCGGGGGCGCGAGGCCUCCGGGUGCGGGGAGGCCGCGGACGCCGCCGGGAGCCGUGGAGAGGAGCCGCCGCCCGGGCUGGCGAGGAAUCGCGCCCCGCCGGAGGACUCGGCCCCGGGGGAGCCUCGUCGCCCGAGGAGCCGGGGGCGCGGGCGCCUUCCGCCGAGCGCGGCGGCGCCGCCCACAGGUGCCGUGUUCAGGGACCGGGGCGCGGGCCUCGCCCCCCCCCCCCCGCCCCCAGUGCUGCCGGGGGCGGCCGCGUCCUUCUGUCCGCUCAGGACCGGACUUCGUUACUGUUGGUGGCAGCCCGGGCCGAGCCCGCCGCGGGCCCCGCCCCGGGGGACCGGGAAGUGACUGGUCACCUCGCCCCCGCGGGGCGGCCGCCGGGGCUCAGCCCUGCGCCCGGGAGCCCGCGGGGGACCCAGCCGCCCGCGGACCGCGUUCUCCUUCCUCCCCCGCUGCGGCGGGAGGCGGGGCGAGGGGCCCCCGCGUGACCCGCCCCGAGCCCGGAAGGAGCAGGGGGGGGGGGGGGGCCGAUCGGUGCGAACUCCGCGGGCCUGGCGGUCGGCCGGGAAAAUAAAAG